UUCCCAACAUCAGCUCUCUGAUUCUUUAUUCUGUUCAAACAGGAUCUCAAGAGUUUUUACUGUUCUGCUCUUUAGAUUGUACUAUUAGUUCUGGUUUUGAUUUUUUUAAAACAAGUCAAAAGAUGGGGAUGGACUCAGAGGUGAACAGUUCUGGUGAUGUUGCACCAUACGGAGGAAAAAGUGCUUUCAGCCAAAUGGAGCACAACAUCGUGGCUGGAUAUCUGAUAACUGCAGGUGUCAUCAGUUUGGCCAGUAACAUCGUAGUUCUGCUGAUGUUUGUAAAGUUCAGGGAGCUCCGCACAGCCACUAACUUCAUCAUCAUCAACCUGGCCUUCACUGACAUUGGAGUGGCUGGUAUUGGUUAUCCUAUGUCUGCUGCCUCAGAUAUUCAUGGAAGCUGGAAGUUCGGCUACACCGGAUGCCAGAUAUAUGCAGCCCUCAACAUCUUCUUCGGCAUGGCCAGCAUCGGCCUACUGACUGUGGUUGCUAUUGACCGCUACCUCACCAUCUGCAGACCAGACAUCAGUCAGAAAAUGACUGCUAGGUCUUACAACAUCCUUAUUCUGGCUGCCUGGCUGAAUGCUGUGUUCUGGUCCUCCAUGCCUAUAGUAGGCUGGGCAAGUUAUGCCCCUGACCCCACUGGAGCAACGUGCACAAUCAACUGGAGACAAAACGAUGCCUCCUUCAUCUCCUUCACGAUGGCAGUGAUUGCAGUAAACUUUGUGGUUCCUCUGUCUGUCAUGUUUUACUGCUACUACAAUGUGUCUGUCACCGUGAAGAGGUACAAAACCAGUAACUGCCUGGAAAGCAUCAACAUCGACUGGUCUGACCAGAUGGACGUUACCAAGAUGUCUAUUAUAAUGAUCAUCAUGUUUCUGGUUGCCUGGUCUCCCUACUCCUUGGUUUGCCUCUGGGCAUCAUUUGGUGACCCAAAGACCAUUCCUGCCCCGAUGGCCAUUAUUGCUCCUCUCUUCGCAAAGUCCUCAACGUUUUACAACCCCUGCAUCUAUGUUAUCGCCAACAAAAAGUUCAGGAGAGCCAUCACUGGGAUGAUUCGAUGUCAAACAAGGCAAAGGAUUACAAUCAGUACACAGGUUCCAAUGACAAUCUCCCAGCAGCCUCUGACCCAGUAAUUUAAGGCCUAUAUACCUAAUCUAACUAUAUA